AGAGGUCCUCGCUGCUUGUGACGUGUGAUUGAGGCGCCGGGCUGCGGUGAUCUUCGGGUCAGGUGUGGAGGAUAAACUCUUCAUCCUCAUCUUCAUCAUGGCUCUGAGGGCGAUCCGACCGCUCAUCCCCGCGGGAGCAGGAGCCCUGAAAUCACUGACUGCUGCACGGAAGGCGGGUGUUCACACGAGCUCUGUGAGAAGCCUGCGAUAUGGCUGGUUGGCCUACGCGCUGGGCGAGAGGACGACGCCGCGACUUAAGGAGUACAGCAAAAUCAUCACGGUGGAUGGAAACUUGGCCUCUGGGAAAGGAGCGCUGGCCCAGAAGCUGGCUGACAAGCUGGGGAUGCUCUACAUGCCCGAGCCCGACACUUUCUACUUGGACAAGAUGACCGGGGAGAAGGAGCCACUUCCCGUCGACUUCAACGGGAUGUGCAGCCUGGAGAAGUUCUACACGGACCCCAAAGCUGCUGAUGGAAACAGCUACCGGCUACAGCUGUGGAUGUACACCAUGAGGCUGCUCUAUUACGCAGACGCCAUCGAACACCUGCUCACCACAGGCCAAGGCGUGGUGCUGGAGCGCUCUCCCUUCAGCGAUAUGGUCUUCCUGGAGGCCAUGUUUAAAGAGGGAUACAUCAGGAAUGAGUGUGUGCAGCACUACAACGAGAUCAAAGGCAUCAGUAUCUGCGAGUUCCUGCCUCCGCACCUCGCGAUCUAUGUGGACCUGCCGGCCGAGGAGGUGCAGAAGAAGCUGAAACAGAGCGGCACGCCCUAUCUUCAGAAUGUUCCCCUGACUUACCUGAAGAGCAUUGAGGAUUGCUACAAGAAGUCCUUCCUGCCCCAGAUCAGCGAAACAUCAGAGCUGCUCGCUUACGAUGCAGCCCAAGCGCAGAACGUUGAAAAGGUAGCAGAGGACAUAGAGUAUUUGAAGUUUGACAAAGGGCCGUGGCUGGAGCAGGAUGACGUCACCUACCACCACAUGAGGAUCCUCGUGGAAAACAAGCAUAAGGUGGCAGACCUGGCCCACAUACCAAAGUUUCUUCCUGAGAUCACCAUCGGGGCCCACGAGUUUGAUGAAAAAUACUAUGCCUAUAAAUCACUCCCUGGGAAGAAGUAUGCUCCUGGUUAUAACGCAGACGUCGGAGACAAAUACAUCUGGUUGAAGUGAAUGAAUCCACCGGCCUGAUCCCCGAUGAGGGUGAACUUCAAACCACUCAUCCAUUAUUGAUCCAGCUGUCCCCUGUUGUACAUCCUAAAUAAUCUCUAUCUAUUGAAAGAAUAAAUUUUGAAUCUACAAA